CCCUGCAAUGGAGGAGGGAAGCAAGGAGCAGAGAGAGAGAGAAAGAAAGAGUGCAAGGGGGGGAAACUUCCUGCAAAGCCAAAAAAAAAAUAAAUCCUUUUUUUUUUUUUUGCUCCUGCGCGUGCAAUUGCACCCCAGUUGCAACACGGUGCAACCUCGGUGCAUUGCAACCAGCCCUUUUUGCAAAGGCAGGGCGUGCAUCUCUCUGGAGUCUUUCUAUUUCCUCCCAGGUGGAAGGGACCGGCGUGUUUUCUGGGCUGCCACGCCGGGUUUGCACGGGUUGCAGGAGCAACAGCAGCAGCAAGGGCUUUGUCCGGACCGGACCGGACCGGACCGGGGUAGGGCAACCGUCGCCAUAUAAAAGAGAAGAAAAAGGAGUUGAAAAGUCAGAAGCAGCGGAAACCAAGGGCGUAAAAAGAAGAGGACAUUUAAAUUUCAGCUAAAUUUGAUUCACGGCGACUUCGUUCACAAUACGCCUACCUAUCUUUCCUGAAGUCACUUUUGUAUCUGUUGUGCCAUGCCUUUCAACUCGCUCUCCGGGAAGUGACUAUCUCUCAGAAAAUAAAUAUAUCUAUAUCUAUAUAUAUUGCAAAUUUAGGGAAAGAAAAAUCGGAGCAACUGAAGUAUAUUUGUGCAAGGAAAACGAAGCUGGCUUUUUUGCAGAAUUUAUCCAGCCUGUCCACCUGUAUGAAGAAGAAAUGGACACAGUAAUAGAUGGUCUUUUUCCGCCGUGCCUUUUUAAUGUUCUUUUUUUAAGAAUACCUACCUCUGUCUUUGGCGGGAAUUUGGACUAAAACUUCCUGUGGUUAUUACAGAAAUGAAUAUAUCUGUAGAAGCGUUAUUCUAAAUACUAGGCUUCUGGGAACAUAGGCUUUGCUCAGCCUGGAUUUUGGAAUUAAUCUGGAAGGAUGCCUUCGUUCUUUAAAACGGCAUUCUAUAUCUCCGCCAGGUGUCAGGUGUCCCUCAAUGCUACUUUUCUUCGGACAUUAAAACCUUCUCUACGUCAUGGUGCUCCCUCAAGGAAAUAUUGCUCCAGGACAAACAAGGAUGCAGUGGAUAUGUCGUUGUUCCCUGCAGAAAAUAUUAGAAAUUUUAGCAUAAUAGCCCAUGUCGAUCACGGAAAGAGUACGUUAGCAGAUCGGCUGCUGGAAAUAACAGGAGCAAUUGCCAAAACAGACCAUAAUAAGCAGGUGCUGGAUAAAUUGCAAGUGGAACGCGAAAGGGGCAUCACAGUGAAAGCUCAGACGGCUUCCCUCGUUUACAACCACGAAGGAACAAAUUACCUCUUAAAUCUCAUCGAUACACCUGGCCACGUGGAUUUUAAUUAUGAAGUGUCACGGUCGUUGUCGGCUUGCCAAGGAGUCCUGUUGGUUGUGGAUGCAAAUCAGGGUGUCCAGGCUCAAACUGUAGCCAACUUUUACCUUGCAUAUGAAGCACAGCUCUCAAUCAUUCCCAUUAUAAACAAGAUUGACCUCAAGAAUGCAAACCCAGAAGUGGUUGAAAAUCAAAUUGAGAACACCUUCGAUAUCCUCAAAGAAGAUUGCAUUAGAAUUUCGGCUAAACUGGGAACAAACGUUGAAAGGAUACUUCAGGCGGUGAUUGAAAGGAUUCCGCCGCCAGUGGUUAAUGUCCACGAGCCCUUGAAAGCCUUGGUGUUCGAUUCUACCUUCGACACUUACCGAGGGGUCAUCGCCAACAUCGCGCUGUUCAGUGGAGAAAUCCACAAAGGCCACAAGAUCACAACGGCUCACACUAAGAAGAUUUACGAAGUGAAUGAAGUAGGAAUCCUGACACCCGACCAGUGGCCAACCGAUAAACUGUACGCUGGCCAGGUGGGCUAUAUGAUUGCUGGAAUGAGAGAGAUUAUUGAUGCCCAAAUAGGAGAUACGGUCUAUUUGCAUAACCAAGUGGUGGAACCGUUUCCUGGGUUUAAAUCUGCAAAACCCAUGGUCUUCGCAGGGGUGUUUCCAACGGACCAGUCCGAAUAUUCUAACUUGAAAGGAGCCCUGGAGAAACUGACCCUCAACGACUCCAGUGUGACCAUCCAACGGGACAACAGUCUGGUUUUGGGAGCUGGGUGGAGGUUGGGGUUCCUUGGCCUUUUACAUAUGGAAGUUUUUAAUCAGCGCUUGGAACAAGAGCAUAACGCCUCGGUCAUUUUGACAGCUCCCACCGUUCCGUACAAGGCUAUCCUUUCUUCCCCAAAAUUGAUAAAGGAACAUAGAAAAGAGGAAAUCACGAUCGUGAAUCCCGCAGAGUUUCCUGAUCAUUCCGUGGUAAAAGAAUACUUGGAGCCGAUAGUUUUAGGGACUAUUGUGACCCCUAAAGAAUAUAUUGGAGAAAUAUUCACUCUUUGCCAGGCACGGAGAGCAGUUCAGAAGGAUACGGUGUACAUGGAUGACCGCAGAGUCAUGAUGGUUUAUCUCUUCCCGCUGAACGAAAUCGUGGUAGAUUUCUUCGACGUGUUGAAAUCCUUGUCAUCUGGUUAUGCCAGCUUCGACUAUGAAGACGCAGGAUACCAGCCUGCGGAUCUUGUCAAAAUGGAUAUUUUUUUAAAUGGAAAAUCUGUGGAAGAGCUGAUAACUAUUGUACCUCGAGAGAAAGCCUACUCCGUUGGCAAAUCCAUGUGCGAGCGAUUAAGAGACCUCAUCCCAAGGCAGAUGUUUGAAAUCGCUAUCCAGGCGGGUCUCGGCAACAAAAUAAUUGCAAGAGAAACGGUGAAAGCUUUUAGAAAAGAUGUCCUGGCAAAAUGUUACGGAGGCGACAUCACAAGGAAAAUGAAGCUCUUGAAGAGGCAGGCCGAAGGGAAGAAGAAGAUGAGGAGAAUUGGGAAUGUCGAAGUGCCGAAGGACGCUUUCAUCAAAGUUCUCAAGAAGCAGCUCGACAGAUAGCUUACAGAGGUUGCUUCCAGCUGUUUGCAAAAUCAAGCUGAUGAGAACUGUUUGAGCCAGCUGUUUGCAAACUUGAAUCGGGUCUCAUCUGUUCGUGUGCAAGAUUGGACGCCGUUCUAAUGGACCCGUUUCCAUAAAGCCACAAAACUGAUGACCUAAAAAAAUAUAAAUCUAAAAUAUAAGUUAAUGUCUGAGAGUAUUACGGCCAAUUUUGGAUGCCAUUUCUCAGAACUGGGCCUCGUGCCUUUGAGAUGCCUAUUUGUCUUUUUCCAUAUUUGAUUACAGUCUGGAUCUUGAUAUCCGCAAGCCCUUGGCUACGCUAGAGACCGUAUUUUUCGGCGUAUAACGCACCGGAAUAUAAGACGCACCUUAGUGUUUGGGGAGGAAAAUAAGAAAAAACCUGAUUGGCAAGUAGAUCAGCCUUCCGGAAUAUCCCCAAUCAGCUGUUCCCAGAGGUGAAUUUUAGCAACAGGUUCCUUGGUUGUGAGCUCUGUGCCUUGCUUUUUUUUUCUGUCUCUGAAAGCCUCCGAAACAGCUUC